AUGUCUAACACAAUCCGCACCCUUUCUCCAUCCACCAACAAGCUCCUCUACGAGCACCCGGGCACCUCCUUCGACGAGGCCCGCCAGCUCGCCAUCUCCGCCCAAGAUGCCCAAAAAUCAUGGAAACAGGUUCCUCUAUCGGAGCGCAAGGCCAUCAUUCUCAAGGCGCUGGAACUCAUUGACGCCAAUAAGCAAUUUCUCGCAGAAGAGCUGACGACUCAAAUGGGUCGCCCCAUUGCCUACACAACCAAGGAGAUCGACACCUUGCGCCUACGCGCCGACUAUCUCCUUGGAAUCGCCGACGAUAGUCUGAAGGAUCUCCCCGGUCAGCCGCAGGAUGGGUUCAGGCGAUUUCUGAAGAAGGAGCCUGUCGGAGUCGCGUUUAUUGCGACAGCGUGGAAUUACCCCUACCUCAUCACAAUCAGCACCAUCCUCCCCGCCCUCCUAUCUGGAAACGCCGUCCUCCUCAGGCCCUCCCCUCAGACACCUCUUGUCGGUGAACGCUUCCUCUCCUUCUUCACGCAAGCCGGUCUCCCGCCCAACCUCUUCCAGCUCGUCCACUGCGGCUCGCUCGACGUGCUCGACCAGAUCGUCACCCUCCCCCAAAUCAACCUCAUCUCAUUUACCGGCUCCACCGAAGGCGGACUGCGUAUCCGCGAAGCCACAGCCCGUCGCGUCGUCCCUGUGAACCUAGAACUCGGCGGCAAUGAUCCAGCCUACGUGCGUCCGGACGCAGACCUCCUAUACGUCGCAGCACAGCUAGUCGACGGCGCGGUGUUCAGUUCCGGACAGAGCUGCUGCGCCGUUGAACGGGUGUACGUCCACGCAGAUGUCCACGAUGCGUUUGUGAAGGAGGUGCAAAAGGAAUUAGCGACAUACAAACUCGGCGACCCCUUCGAUAAAACCACCACCACCGGCCCCGUAAUCUCCCAACAAGCCGUCAAAAACAUCAAUUCACACAUCGCCGACGCACUCUCCAAGGGCGCCGUCGACGCCACCCCCGAGAACGCAACGUUCUCGGCUCCCCCGCCAGACGGCAACUACGUUGCGCCUAAAGUCCUGAUCAACGUCUCGCAUGACAUGCGCACCAUGCGCGAGGAGACCUUCGGGCCCGUGAUGCCCAUCAUGAAAGUUGCAUCGGACGACGAGGCGGUGGCGCUGAUGAAUGAUACCGAUUUCGGCCUGACGGCGAGUAUCUGGACGAAGGAUGUUGGCGCUGGGGAGGCGUUGAUGGAGAAGUUGGAGGCGGGCACCGUGUUUGUGAAUCGCUGUGACUAUCCGAGUCCGGAUCUGGCGUGGAUCGGGUGGAAGAAUUCGGGACUGGGAUGCACAUAUCUGAAUGAGUAUGUUUACGACGUCACUGCCCUAUCUACCGACCCUAAAUACUUUAUUCAACCGGUGGUCUGUAUUCCCCAGCGAGCCAUGAUGCGCGAUCCCACCCGGUAUCAGGAUCCACCUGCGACUACGAUCGCGGUGACGACGGUGACUCUGGUCUGGGCUGUAGCUCUCACGGGAGCCAGAGUGUCUACGAGAUUUCGCAAGCUGGGUUUGGCUGAUUACUUCGCGAUCAUAGCUUUGGCGUUAUCAGCAGCAUAUAUUCUAUACGCCUCAGGGACUGUAUUAGCCCCCACAAUAUUCUUCGCCAAGUGCUCCAUCUUUCUCCUAUAUCUAGAGAUCUUCACCAUCCAUCAGGCCAUACGAAUCGCCAUCUGGGUCGGGAUGGUGUUCACCUUCCUGUACUGGGCAGGCAUUCCACUGAUGAGCUAUUUCAAUGCACCACACAUCGGCGAAACAUGGGAAGAGUUACUCUUCAACGGCAGGCCCCAUCGCUUGACCUAUUGGGGCGUUCUCCAGGGGGUAUGCUCCGUGGUGUUGGACAUAUACAUCUUUAUCUUGUCACUUCCGCUGCUGGCGCAACUGCAAAUGCCGAACAGCCGGCGGCUACAGUUAUUUGUGAUUUUCUCUACAGCUCUGAUGGGUGUCGUUGCCAGUGUCUGCGCACUCGUCUAUCGAGUGCAUCUGGCUGUAAUCUUUACACAUUUUAUUUGCCCGACUCUCCAGGCAUCAACAGCAGAUGGGUUUUUGAUGAGCCAUCGUUCGAGCCUGACAGGCAUAGCAGGUCAGACCACGGUAUUAGAUCCGAUACAGACUGCUGGGACCCCAUCAUUUGCCUCAAUUAGUACCUCGUCCUCGUCCCCCGGCUCAAUUCCACGCAGUACGCAUGACCCAUCAGCCAACGAAGGAACAGAACCUACCCCAUCAAUCCCAUCCACAGCAGCAGGGAAAACACCUCUAACCUGCCCGAACUCGCCUCAGAUGUCGUCUGCGGCGUCCACGCAUACUGUAAAACUCACUUCGGGUGAUAUUGUCACAUUCGACCGCAAAUCUCUGAAUGCUUCUGUCGGCGAUCAUGUCCUCUUUAAGUCAACAGAUGGAUCCCUUUUUCUUUUCAAUACUACAUUUGAAGAUCCGUAUCUUCGAAUCCGGCAGAUCAAAAAUGAAGGCCAGGACACUGUACUCUAUGAGGUACAUACUACCAGCCCUACCUGGUUCCUCGCAUACAAUUCCGCUGAAACCUGUCGAUGUUACCUACCGUCACAUUUUGCCCUCAAUCCAGGAGUCCACUCUGGCCAGUUUUUCGACGCAAUCAAAUACAAAUCUGUAUACUUCUCAAAGACCACGGCGCAACCCACUAGGUCAACAACUACGGAAAUAGUGGUAGUUACUGUAUAG